GUGGUUUGUGUCACGUGGCUGUUGUCACGUGGUCAGUAUCACGUGAUUCGACGGCAACGCUGCUGAUUCUGGAAUCGCCGUCGACGAAAUUAUCGCGCGCGCUUUGACAGGAUGGUGUUAUGAAAGACAAACUGUUUAAAUUAUCGGAUUAGUCUGUUUGAAUUAAUUAAUAAGUUGGUCACUUACCCAGACGAUUUGAAAAAUGGCUGACGAGUUUCCAGACCCUGACGAGGAGUUCGAUUUGGUUCACGAAGAUGAGUACGAGAUUUUGAGGGAAAUCGAAGGAAAAAGUUGCAAGAAGCAGUUAAACUUUUCCCAGACCAGUGAAGUCAGCACUGCGAAGCCAACGUCGCAAAGAAUAGAAGUAGCACCAAUUCCGCUUGAUCAGUCACAAAGCGCAAAUUUACCUACGCAAAAUGGUCUUGAUAAGCCGAGCACUACUAGCAAUAAACGUACGAUUGAAGAUUUAUUUGGAGAUCUUAAGGACCUGAUUGGAGAUGAAGAUUUUCAAGAUGUUGCAUGUUGUGAGCCCAAGGUGAAGAAACUUUGUUGGGAUCAGGAAGUAGAAGUCAUAAAAAAAAUUGUUGCUGGCAGAAAACGGGAAGCUGAUAAAUGGAAGCCCAUGAACGUAAAUUCUGACCUUCCGAGAGAUAGCAAAAAAGAUUCAAUUUCUAUGAGAGUUCCAAAUUGGAAUUUUGUCGCCGUCACUCGAUGUAGUGACAGUCAACGUCUUUACAUAAGGGUGAAGAGUGAUAGUAAAUGUACUGUAGUCAAAAGUCGUCCAGCAUCUGGCCUUUUGUCCGUUUCAUUCAGUAAGCUGAAGGCAGAAGCUGAAGAGAUCAUGGUGAAUGCUGCAAAAAAAAUGAGUGAGGCAUCUGGGAAUUCAGAGUUGAUUCCAGCCGCGUUUGGUCACGAAUUAUGGGUUGACAAAUAUCGUCCUCACAAAUACAUGGAACUUCUCUCAGAGGAGGGCGUAAAUCGAACUUUCCUUCGCUGGUUAAAGUUGUGGGAUAAAAUCGUAUUCCAUCGUGACCCCGUCAGACGUAGAAUAAUGAAAACAGCGCCAAAAUUUGGAGAUAGAAAAAAAAAUAACACAGCUGUCGAGGGCUUAGAUGAGAAAGGGUUUCCAGUACCUAGAAUAGUAUUGCUGAGUGGGCCCCCUGGGUUGGGAAAAACUACUUUGGCACAUUUGGCAGCUAAACACGCUGGAUACAAUGUUAUUGAUGUAAAUGCAAGCUCGGACAGAGGCACCAAAGAGUUCAAGGCAGCACUCUACUCUGCGACACAAAUGAAGGCUGUCAUGGGGAAAAACCCUAAACCAAAUUGUCUAGUCAUGGAUGAAGUAGAUGGGGCCCCACCAGCGUCGAUAGAUAUUCUUUUAAAAUUCAUUCAUGGCAACCUCGAAGAGGAUACUGAUCAACUACCAAAAAGAAAGAAAAAAAAAGAAAAAAAAGAAUCGACAGGCUGUCGAAGACCGAUUAUAUGUAUCUGCAAUGAUGCUUAUGCUCCGUCUUUGAGGGCUCUUAGGCAAAUCGCCCUGGUAAUUCCAGUAUGUGGUGUCAGUGCUGGACGAUUGGCUGGUCGUUUGAUGGAGAUACUGCACAGGCAGGGACUAAAUGCUGAUCCUAGUGCCCUUGUGAGCUUAGCAGAGCAAUCAGGGUGCGAUGUAAGAGCUUGUCUGGGAGCGUUGCAGUACAUGGGUGGAAUUAAGGCUGGCCAGAAAGUAUCUAUCGCCCCAAAAGAUGUUAGGCGAGGAAUUUUCGAUUGUUGGAGAGAGAUAUUGCAGGUGCCACGAGACAAAAUUGGGCCAAUGAAUAUUAAGGAGAGGAUUCAAAGAAUUCUACAAGUGGCAUACGGCGGGGAGACAGACCUCCUAGUACGAGGUGUGUUUCAUAAUUAUCCUGAGAUACUUUUUCGAGACGAAGGAAUGGAGACCGUCGCCGCAGCUUUGGACUGGUUUCAGUUAUACGAUGUGUUAAACGACACUGUGAUGUCUCAGCAGACCUGGAAUCUGAUGCCUUAUUCAAACUACGCAUUUGUUGCUUGGCAUUUUGCUUUCGCUGGAAUUCAGAAUCCAAAGCUCACCUACCCUACUGUUGAAAAUGAGGUGAACCAAAAGUUAGCUCGGACCAACGCCAUUUUGAGGGUGACCCGGCAGGCUUCUGGCAUUGAUAAAAUGGCCUUGGUCUUCGAUUUGGCCCCGCUCCUCACGGAUCUGCUCACGCCGUCCUUAAGGUCCGUUUCUUACCACCUAUUCUCUCACGCGGAGAAGGCCGAUCUUGUCAGGCUCGUGAACGUUCUUUUGGACCUGGGGCUUAAUCUGUUCCAGGAGAAAACUCCGGAGGGUGGUUACGUCUACAAUCUUGAACCGAACUUGGAAGAGGUUGGAACUUUUCCGAAUUGUAGAACGCGGCGCAGUCUUACGUACGCUGUGAAACAGAUUCUCGUUAGAGAAAUCGAGGCUGCCCGUCUGAAGAAGUACGAGGUUGUCGCCACCGCGAUAUCGGACAGUAAUAUCAAGGCCGGAGCGUCUGUGAAACCAUCGGAAACACGGAAAAAUUCGGAUACGCCGAGCACACCGACGGUACCAAAUCAUCUGGUAAGAUUGCAGCCGAUCACAACGCAGGUGACGCCGGAAUCACAUCAAUAUCUCGAUUUCUUCGGACGUUUGGUGGUCAAAAAGUCGCCCCAGAAUCAGGAAUCUACCGGCGGACAGAACAAUAGCGUAUCUCCUGGAACGAGGCAGGCUUUAUCGCGGAGCGACGUGUGGUUCAAGUAUAAGGAGGGUUACAGCAACGCGGUCAGACGGAAGGUACGAAUUCGAGAUCUCCAGUAACAGUAAGUAAUCUGGCAAUCCGAGUUGCAGCGGCCCGGAGAGGUUUCAUCGAAGGACCAAAAAAAAAAAACAUCUCUUCCGUUUAAUUUUAAAUACUAUAAAUAUACAGGUCAUCCAUGAACACGAGAG